AGCCACGUGUCUGGGAGCCAUGUGUGUUUCAGGGGCGAAGGAGAGACGGAGCAGGAGGGAGGAAGGAAAGGAGACUGGAGCUGCUCCAGUGCAGGUCCCAGCUGGACUGCAAAGCCGACUCACGUGGCUGCAGACUGUUUGACCAUUUUUGAGGCGUCUUGCUGUUCUGUGCGCCUGGAAGGAAUGUUUUAGUUUGUUCGAUUGACUCUGUCAGUGUCGAAAGGAAAAUUCCGCUCGGCUGUGCGAUCUAGUUGUCUUCCUCAGCACAUCGCGUCGGUCGCGCCGCGGGGAGCCGCAUCCGGCCGUCACACGCGGGCAUUGGGGCACGAGCAGGAUCAAGAGCAGGAGGAGGCUGCGAGGAGCGCGGGGGCUCCGGCUGCCGCCUCGAGGAGGUGUCCUUUGCACCUGUCGCCCUCCGUCCCGCGGGGAAGCGCGCGCGCAGCCCACGGAGCGCAGAGAGGCGCGCGCACUGGCGAGCCCCGCGCCAAGGAAGGAGGAAACAUGACUUCUUCAUAUGAGCUGGAUUUCCUUCCCGACAUGAUCGUGGAGAGCAGGCUGCUCCUUUCGGGGGAAAGACUCAACGGGACCACCAGCAAGAUGAACGGGGCACUAGAGCAUGCAGACCAGCCUGACCCAGAUGCUAUCAAGAUGUUCGUGGGCCAGAUUCCGCGAUCCUGGUCCGAGAAGGAGCUGAAGGAGCUGUUUGAGCCCUAUGGUGCCGUGUACCAGAUCAACAUCCUGCGUGACAGAACCCAGAACCCACCACAGAGUAAAGGAUGCUGUUUUGUAACAUUUUAUACAAGAAAAGCUGCUCUGGAGGCCCAGAAUGCACUGCACAACAUAAAGACCUUAUCUGGGAUGCAUCAUCCCAUUCAGAUGAAGCCGGCAGACAGCGAGAAAUCAAACGUUGUGGAGGACAGGAAGCUCUUUAUAGGAAUGGUAUCGAAGAAGUGCAACGAGAAUGACAUAAGGGUCAUGUUCUCCGCGUUUGGGCAGAUUGAGGAGUGUCGGAUCCUGCGAGGACCAGAUGGACUGAGUCGAGGCUGUGCGUUUGUCACGUUUUCAACCAGGGCUAUGGCACAGAAUGCAAUCAAAGGCAUGCAUCAGUCACAGACCAUGGAGGGCUGCUCUUCACCCAUUGUGGUGAAGUUUGCCGACACGCAGAAGGACAAGGAGCAGCGGCGCCUGCAGCAGCAGCUAGCCCAGCAGAUGCAGCAGCUCAACAGUGCCACCACCUGGGGGAACCUGGCAGGCUUGGGCAACCUGACCCCACAGUACCUGGCAUUGCUCCAGCAGGCCACCACCUCCAGUAACCUGGGCGCCUUUAGCGGGAUUCAACAAAUGGCAGGUAUGAACGCACUGCAGCUGCAGAACCUUGCCACACUGGCAGCAGCCGCUGCUGCCGCCCAGGGUACAACCAGCCCCUCCAGUGCCAACCCUCUUCCUACCAGUGGGGGUGCCUUGGGGGCACUAGCCAGCCCAGCAGCUGGCACAACAGCCAGCUCCAGUGCUGGGGCAGCCAUGAACUCGCUGACCUCUCUAGGCACCCUGCAGGGACUCGCUGGCGCCACCGUCGGGCUCAACAACAUUAAUGCACUAGCAGGUAGUGUCAGCAGUAUGGCAGCCUUGAACGGGGGGCUGGGGGCCGCGGGACUGGCCAACGGCUCGGCCGGCUCCAUGGACGCCCUGAGCCAGGCCUACUCAGGGAUCCAGCAGUAUGCUGCCGCUGCCCUGCCCACACUAUACAGCCAGUCCCUGCUUCAACAGCAAGGUGCCGCUGGCAGCCAGAAGGAGGGGCCAGAAGGGGCCAACCUCUUCAUCUACCACCUGCCCCAAGAGUUUGGAGACCAGGACCUCCUGCAGAUGUUCAUGCCUUUUGGAAAUGUGGUCUCUGCCAAAGUCUUUAUCGACAAACAGACCAAUCUGAGCAAGUGCUUUGGCUUCGUCAGUUAUGACAAUCCGGUGUCCGCGCAGGCAGCCAUCCAGGCCAUGAACGGCUUUCAAAUUGGGAUGAAGCGGCUGAAGGUGCAGCUGAAGCGCUCCAAGAAUGACAGCAAACCAUACUGAUCUUAGCACUAGGGCCCUUAGCGCUCCCAUGUUAGCACUGCUAGGGUAAGUUCCCCAUGAGCCACAGCCGCCUCCCUGGGACCUUGGGCGGGGGGAGGAGGUGGUCCUUCGCCACCAGAUGGAGACACUGUCUUCUCUUUAUUCUUCAGCUGUUAUUAGCCUGUUACUACUAUUGUUUUAAUUCCCCCAAACGCUUCCAUUCCCAGCCUAGGUUUUUCACACUUUUCAGUGGAUGAACAGAUGUUCUGUAGCUUUUUGGUUGUGUAAACACCUUUUUUAAUCAACUAUUUAUUACUUUUCAUGUUUUGUUACAUAUAAAAAGAAUAAUGCAGUAUUCUGUUAAUGAACCUGAGAACUGAUGGAGAUGUGUUUUAGAAGUUAUUAUACAGAGACUUUCGCACCUUGACCUCUGUGCCCUGGUGCCAGAGUAGUACCGCUGCUGCUCUGACCCCAUCUACCUUUUACUGGCAACAGGGAGCAAGGGGUUAAUGCUGUUCUCAUCUAUCCUGUCAUCACCGGCAGCAGAGUCCCAUGUAGUUCAUUAAGUUAGGAAUGUUUUAUUUAGCAAAUUAGACUAUUCAUUACUAGAUCAGAUCACAUUGGUCUUUAUUUAAACGAGAUUACAUGUAGUACAUUUUAAACAACUUAAAAUCUCUCUGACGCUAAAGAAAACAUUAUUGGCAGGUGGGCUCAAAUACUGUCUCUUGAAAGAUAAAAUUCAAGUGCAGAAAGCCACAGGCCUGUAAAUUUUGUUUGUAAAGAAAAAAAACAGUUCUAUUUUUAUACAAAAUUUUUACUGCCUCAGAAACCAGAUUUAAUUUAUUACCUGCUGUUAAUUUAUUGGGUACCUAAAGAGCAGAUGUCACUGGCGUAGAAGCAUGUGAAGUAGUCUUCUGGAAUCCAGUCUUGUGCCAAGAAAACACGAGUCCCCCCGUUUGGUUCCUCUUGCAAUGAGUUCUGUCCUCUUCCUCUCUUGCCCUGUGUCUGUCUCUUUCUGUCCAUGCAUCCCUUUCUCCCUGCACCGCUCCCCUGCUCCUGCCCUCCCAUAAACAGUGGUUCUUUUCACAUGUGGUUCUAUUCCCACUCUGUCUUCUACUGGUUAUACAUGUCUUGUCUGCAAAACCUGGAAUAGUUCCUCCCAAAAUGAGAUCCAUACCCUUCGGUCCCCUGCUGGAGACCUGCAACCGAUGGAUUUCAUUGGGUGCUGUGAGUGUGUAUGUGCGUGGGUGUCCUUGUCUUGGACUGUGUGCGCUCACGUGUCGUUUUGCUCCUGUUGACGUUGUUUUGCCGGGCGUCUUGGUAUGUUGGAAAGAAAUGCAAAUGGUGUAGUGAUGGUAGCCUGGCGAGAGCCUGGCAUUUGCAUUAUUCUGUUGCUCAUGCCCGGGGCGGUGGUGCCUCCUGUGUAACUCUCUCCUCUCCCGUUUUCUCCCCUAGAACAUCUCCAUGCCUGUUAGUUCAUCGUUUGCCUAGCAUGUCUCCGUGCCUUCAAAACCCCAACGUCUCAUCGUCCAGUCAUUGUUUCUGAUGUCUUUCUGAGCUCACCUGAUCAUAACCUGAUCUUCUCCUACUGAUCUUUGAACCUAGCUUGACUUUUUUUUGGAUUUUUUUUGUUUUGUUUGUUUUUUUUUGCAUGACCUCAUUUUGAGCCUUUGAAUAUUGGAAAGGGGUGGGAAGUUUUGAAUUCAGUGUGAAAGCUUCGCUGCCUUUGUACAAGAGACUGAAACAAAAUCAGACACAUCGAGGUAGAAAAACAAAACCUGAGGCCUAAUGUUUCUUUCUCCUUCUCACCAUUAUGGGUUAAUUUUUCUUCCUAAUUUCUUGAGCGUAAACUUGAAAGUAUAAUACAGGAAUUGUCAUCUGGCCAAGCUGCUGACACCUGUAGCAAUAUGGGGUCCAGAGUGGGUUGUGCCACAUCUCCAAGGUAUAUAGACUACUUCCAAACAGUUUUCUCUCAAAGCUCUCUAACGGUUUUUACACUUUUCAGCCAGUAUAAAGCUUUUGAUAAGGCCAUUUGAAAUGGCUUCCUUUCUCAUUCAAAUCUAUUGACAAAAACCACAUUUUCUAGUGUAGUUUCAAGUUUUAAAAAUUAAUAACAAUAAUAAAAAAAUUGCCCUUUUUCGGGGGGAAAUGCUACCUACUUGUGUCACCUUUUGCUGAACUGAUUCACAGUUAGACAAUCCGUGGUUAAAUGCACAUGAAAUUGCUUAUAUUUUAUACUGUUUAAAUGUUUAGAGAAGAGAACACAAGUAUAACCCAUGUUAACGUCGGUGCUUUUUGUAGCUUAAGUUGUGGUAUCAUCACAAGUCCAAGGGUCUUAAUUGUUUUAUGUUUUUAAGGACAAGACUAAAAUCAGUUUACUUGAACAAUAGAUGAAGGCUUUCAUAUUAUUGUUAUUAUUAGUAUUAUUAUUAUUGAUUUCUUUUCUACAAGUCUCUAUUCACAGCAUUUGCUGUUUGAUGAUUAGCUAUAUAAAAAUUCCAAAAAUAUAGUGUCAGCUUGUGAAGACUUGAUGUCAUUUUUUUCUUUCUAUUGUGGGAAACAAUUUGUGGAUGUGUUUUGUUGUUCAGCAAAAUGUGAUUUUUUUUUUUUCUUUCCUCUCCUCACUUUUUGUCAUCUUCUUACAAAGACAAGAGACGACAUCAGUGCAGUUCAGUGCCAAACUGCAGGGCCUGUCUGCCCUGGGGCUUCAUUGUACUUUGUGUGAACUUAUUUGAUAACAUGGGUAUUUUAUUACUUACAUGUUUUGUAUGGAUCCCUCAUAUUUAAAGAUAUAGAUUUAAAAAAAGUUUACCUUGCUAUUCUGUAGUCUUGUUGCCUGGAACUGUUAAUAUUUUUUUGUAAAUUUGUAAAAAGUGCCCAUGUGUCUUGUGCACGCACACACACGGACACACACACACUCCUAUGCUAUAAACGCAAAGCUCACAACUCCAUGUUUAUUCACAUGUGUACGUAGAUUCCCUGCAAGGUGAGACCCCCCUCCUACAGGCAAACUCCUCUCAUUGACUUUUGCACUUACAGCCUUUUCAUGAGCCUCUGCAAGCAUGCAGGCAUGCACACUCUAAAGGGGACAGUAACCCCCUGAGCCUUUGCACACAUAUAGCGAGCCUUCCCAUGAGCCCCUGUGUGUGCAUAACAACACAACACAACACAACACAACACCACAGCCUCACGUCCUUACUUCCCACAGGUGUUUGUCAGUAGCCCUCAUCUUGGCCUUAGCUUGUAUUCAUCUGAAGAAAGGGUGUGUUCAGGUGUGAAUGCCUCUGCUCCAUAGCAGCCAGGCUGGGCCAAGGCUGCACACUGGCACCUGCCACCUGGACAAGGAGGUCAAAGGAGCUGAUCCCUUCAGGAUGAUCGUACAAGGGAGCUGCGCUGUACCCUCAUGCUCUUUGUGCUGAAAUGGAAUUCUGCAAACUUCUGCAUGUAAUGCAGAUUUAGGGUUGAUCUAAAAUAACCAUUGUGUAAAAAUGUUCCAUUCAGUCACUUACUGUCAUUAACUGCUUCUCCAAGUCUGGGUCAUGGUCCAGAGACUGUCCCAGAAGCACAAGGUACAAGGCUAAGUAGGACACACCCUGGCCUUUCAUAUUGCAGAAAGGGUUUCAUUACUUGGGAAAUGUUUAACUUCAUUUUAAUUGUAGUCAUCUUCCAUUUAUUACUCUCUUGAAGAGGUGCUUUCAAGGUAACAGGGAAAGAAGGGCUGGAAUGAGAAAAGCUAGCAAGGCAUCUGCACAUCAUCCAACCUGCUUUCUGAGCUCUGAGUUAAAUUAGAAUUAUAUUAUAAUUGUGCAUGAUAGCAUGAUGAUAAAGGUAAACAAACUCAGCUGUCACCCUAAAAAAAGGGCAAUUUGUUAGGACAAUGGCCCAGUCCAGAAAACCUUGGAUUACAAGGGUUCGUGUCCCAGCUGUUGCCCUUGCAAACCACCAUGUCACUGUUGAUUUCUGUAGAAAGUGAUCUGCCUGGAGCAGAGAGCAGCCUUUCCUCUCACAUCAUGCCAGCUGCAGAGACUUGCAGUGAAAAAAGCCAAAAUUGUAUCUGUAUCGUAUUAGUCUGAUGGCUUAAUUACAGCAAUUCCAUGGGACAAAUGUGGCCUUAAACAAAAUUCAGUUUAGACUUUGGCCAUACAUCACAUCCCUGUUGUUUCAGUACAACUUAUUGUGUAACGAGCACCUACAUGACCGAUUGGUAUAAUUUUGCACUGAAAAAGUGCACCAAUGCCUUUUUUGCUCCUUCUGUUAAACACACUGACACUUAGAAAGCAUCCCAAGUUAUCCACCAAUUCUUGAGCCAGUCACAGCAGUCCUCCUCCUUCACACAUGAGUUCGCACAUUUGUUCCUCUGCUUCAAGGCUUCUUCAGAGCUGGAAAACAGAGCUUCCAAAGUACAGAGCAGAGCCCUUCCCACAGCGCAGCCCCUUUACUUAGAGCCACUUCCUUCCACACUUUAUGGGGCCUUCGUGUCGAGCACUUUGUGAGGAACGUUCACAAGCACAACGUAUGUGGGUUUGGCAAGUCUCCGGGGGUCUCACCUCUAGGGGCGUCAGCACUGAGCUUGUUUCUUAAAAUCUCCUGUUUUCUGUGCUUUUUUUCUUCAUCAUCUUAAGUGCUAUUUGACAAGGAUAACACAAUUAAAAAUAGUUUCUUAUUUUGCAUUUUUAGCUCAAUAUGUCAGAUUUUAGGACAAAAAAAGUAUGUGUUUAUGCUUGUGUGCCGUAAGAACUUUUUGUCCGUGGUUUAAUUUUGGUUUGAUCCUUGAGAAUUCGAAUAGUUUUCAGUAUUGUCUUGAGAAAAGCCAAAGUCAAUGCAUUGAGUGGAAUCUGUCAUUGUGGUUUAUGUUUAAUACUCCAGAUUUUGUCAUUGGAUGGCAUUUUAAAAAUACAUCGGAAGAAGGAUUUCCUAUUUCUACAACAGAUUGUACUUAUGCAUUUUGUACUAGUGGAAUUUUUUAUACAGAGAUUAAAGAAAAAAAAAUACAAAAACAAAAGAAAGUUGUCUGGCCUUGUUGUGUGGCCAGGACUUGAGUGGUUCUCCGUCUGAUUUCUAUUGGCACCAAGGAACCUGGUUUUCAUAACGAUUUUAUAGAGUACUUUGGCUUCAUUUCCUUCACAUCCUCUUUCAGUUCCUUCUGUCAGUGUAAAGAAGAGGCAGGCAGUGCUUUAUUUUGGCUCUUGCGUAAUUAUGGGAAUUUGUCAGUACAAAAGCGGUAAGUUUCAAUUCGUUCUCUGUUGUGUCAUUAAAAAAAUAGACAAUUAGGGUUAUAGGCGUAUCUAUAGUCACCUUAAAUGGAUAAAUGUAUCAGUUUAACAAUGAAAAUCUAAUUACGCUUUUUUUUGGCUUAUAGCUGUUUAUAUUUCUCCGGUUUCUCUGUCCUUUGCUGUGAAUUUAACUGUGUAGCUGGAACAGUCAGACUUAUUUUUGUAAACGUAUGUUCUUGUGUGAUGCAGUUUUUUUGCUUCUGUCUCCAAUAUUAAACCAUUUUUCCUAACACUCGUCUCUCUCUGUGUGUUGUGUGUACUGGUGCCCGUCUCACGCUGUAGCCCUGAUUGUCUGCCCACUUCCGUCUUCUCUCCACCUGUCCAGUUUGUUUGGUUCUGUUUUGUAUACUGUACAACCCCCCCAUUGUAGCACGGGAACAUUGCGCAUCCAUAAGAGUACACUAUUUAUAUUUAAUUAAUUCACUCUUACAGGGAAAGUGGGCUUUGUGACAUGACUGUAACACUACAAAUGGAUGUUGCAUAGCAUCCAUCGUUCACCAUUACUGCACUCAUUUUUGCUGUUCAGGAACAGUAAUUCCUCGAAUAACAUCC